AUGUCAAGUGUUCUUGGACGGCUAACGCGAGACGUACAGAGCCAUCUUCGAUAUACGUCGAAAACUCUUCGGCAUCAUCUUCGAUGGAAUUCGUCACAAACAACGCCUUUCAAGCCAAUAGCAGCUGCUCAGCAUCCAUUUUUAGUGAAACCUGUCACACCCCAUGAGUCGUACGUGUCAUGUACGAUAUUCAAUGAAAGGGGAGAUGUGACUGCUGUAUCACACAAGUUCCCAAAGUGGGAGUUUCUUCAAAAAUACGGACUAUAUCCUAGAGACUUGAGGAAAAUUGAUUCGAGCUCCAUAGAUGUGAUACCAUCGUUCGUAAUCAAGCCUAAAUGCAUUCUAGUGAACUUACUACAUAUAAAGGCUAUGAUACAGAAGGAUAAAGUUUUCGUUUUUGACACUGCUAAUCCGGAUGCAGCAACGAAACUCGGGGUCUUGAUGUAUGACUUAGAGUCAAAACUCUCCCAAAGAAAUGCCACCCACCAGGGUAAAUCCAUCUCUUACCAGGAAAACUACGAACACCGUGCACUAGAAUCAAUUCUUAUAAAUGUCAUGACGUGCUUGGAAACCGAAUAUAAGUACCAUCAUUCGGUAUGUGGAAUGAUUUUGAACGACCUUGAGAACCAGAUUGAUCGUGAUAAACUUCGAGAUUUGCUAAUUAAGUCCAAAAAUUUGACCGCGUUUGCUCAAAAGAGUGUGCUUUUAAGAGAUCUACUCGACGAACUUCUCGAAUCUGAUGAAGAUUUGGCUGGAAUGUACCUUUCUGAGAAAAAACUGCCAGACGCUGACGACCACUCAGAUUUAGAGAUGCUUUUGGAAACGUAUUACAAGCAAUGUGACGAGUACGUGCAACAAUCAGAAGCCUUAAUUCAAGAUAUCAAAUCCACCGAAGAAAUUGUUAACAUCAUUCUUGACGCUAAUCGAAAUUCUCUAUUGUUGUUCGAAUUAAAGGUCACUGUUUACACUUUGGGUUUCACUGUUGCAACCCUUGUACCAGCAUUCUACGGUAUGAACUUGAAGAAUUUCAUCGAAGAAUCCAAUUGGGGGUUCGCAAGUGUCGUCGGAGUUUCGACGCUUGCCGCACUACUAGUUACAAUUUCAAACAUGCGUGCAUUGAGGUCUGUAACAAGACUCACUUUGCUAAAUAACCACACCGGUGCUCAUAACACAAAGCACUUGGCUAAUGCCAAAAUGGCAUUGGACAAGGAAAUACCUACUUUCUGGAGUAGAUGGAAAACCAGCGCAAAGGUUCUGUGGUCUGGCCGCGAAGUUCUUUACAAAGACGGCUCUAAAAGAGACAUGAUUUGGAAAUGGUUGGUAGACGAUGACAAGAAGUGA